GAUAGUGACCUUUCAAGUGUUCUGCUCUUGGUUCACUUGCUUCCCCCCACCUCUAAAGGCCACAAGAAGAGUGUGAAAAUGAGCUCAUGUCAAGCUGUUGACCAUGUUGUGAAAUAUCUUCAGAUGGGAGCCAGUGUUGAAACUUUCCUUGCUGGUGUGGAGCCAGGACAGCCAUUCCUCCUCUGUGUCGGUGAAAAUAAGAGCAGCAUCCAAAGAUACUAUGUCAUCAUGGAUCACAAGGCAAUCCCUUGCAAGGCACAGACAUCUCUGGCAGCUUUCGACGAGCUCUUUAAAGCACACUUCACCUUCAGCAUCAACUACCAUGAUUCCCUCCACAACUUCUAUACAUUCAUCCAAACCACAGUGUUCAACAUUGACGUGGGAAGUGCCAAGGAAAGUCCCAGAGUCAAGGAGAUCAGAGCAAGACUUUUGCAAGACACUUGUGACACUUGAAGAUCCGUGGCCAGAAAUAUGUUUAUCUGUUCCAUUUGUAAGGCAUACCACAAAAGUUCUGCAUUGCUUUGCCAGCAUUUAAGACACCAACAUGGUUUAUAUCCCGGAAAAACACUACGUUUGAAAUGUGGACAACCGGGAUGUUACUCAUCAUUUUGUACUUUUUCAGGUUUUAAGAAGCACCUUCUUAAUUUCCACAAAGAUAUUGCUCUGACUAAUAGUGGUGACACUGUGGACACUCAGGAUGAAGUUGGUGAGCCGUCAACUUCACAGGCUGUCGGAACAGAGUCUGCAACAACUACCCAGCUCUCUGUUGACAAUAAUCACAUGUUGAACCUGUGUGCUUCUGUUGUGGCACAGUUGCAAGCAUCUGGUGUUGCUGAGAGCACAGUACAAGCAAUGGUUGGAUCCAUGGAGGAACUUGUAAAUGAUAUUCAGAAGCAAGCUAAAGAGGCAGUUCUCAGCUGUACUUCAGAAAUUCAAGGCAUGGAUUUGGAAAAAAAGGUGGAGGAGUGUUUUGAUCACCUAGAAAAUCCCUUUUCAACUUUGAACACAAGGAUAAAAAGACAGAGGUUCUUUGAGGCAAAGUGGGAAAUUGUUGAACCCAUCGAGUAUGUUCUUGGGGUACGGUUUGACAUGCGUAGAGAUAAAACAACAGGGCUAUACAGUCAGGUCCCUGUAACAGAUAAGUUUGUUUAUGUACCCAUCCUAGGAACACUCAAGUCUAUGUUCAAGAACACAGAUUUAUGUGAAAGUUUCUUACAAGUCAAACAACAUGAAGAGGGCAUUUAUAAAGACAUAUGUGAUGGCUCAUAUUUCCAAAGUAAUAUUUUGUUUUCCCAGAAAAAACAUGCAUUGCAGAUUCAGCUUUAUUAUGAUGACUUUGAGACUGCAAAUCCUUUGGGUUCCAAAAAAGGGAUUCACAAGCUUGGUUGUAUUUACUUUAUACUGAGAAACCUGCCGCCAAAAUACAAUUCUGUACUGAUGAAUAUACAUGUUAUAGCCCUAUUUCACGCACAAGAUCUGAAGACUUAUGGAUUUGAUGACAUUCUGAAGCCUCUAGUGGAUGAUCUUAAGACACUCGAAACACAAGGAAUUGAGGUUCCUUUCUCAGAUUUGCCAUUGCUUGGUUCUGUUAUACAAAUAACAGGUGACAAUCUAGGUUUGCACGGAUUGUUUGGUUUUGUUGAGUCUUUCAGUGCCACGUAUUUCUGUAGAUUCUGUUUGACAUUGUGA